GUGAUUUUCCUGACUGCUUUCUCUCUCUCUCUUUUUUUUUUUUUUUUUUUUUUUUUUUCCUGGCUCAGCUUGAAACAGAGCCUCGUACCAGGGGAGGCUCAGGCCUUGGAUUUUAAUAUCAGGGAUGGAAAAACUUCAGAAUGCUUCCUGGAUCUACCAGCAGAAACUGGAAGAUCCAUUCCAGAAACACCUGAACAGCACCGAGGAGUAUCUGGCCUUCCUCUGCGGACCUCGGCGCAGCCAUUUCUUCCUCCCCGUGUCUGUGGUGUAUGUGCCAAUUUUUGUGGUGGGGGUCAUUGGCAAUGUCCUGGUGUGCCUGGUGAUUCUGCAGCACCAGGCUAUGAAGACGCCCACCAACUACUACCUCUUCAGCCUGGCGGUCUCUGACCUCCUGGUCCUGCUCCUUGGAAUGCCCCUGGAGGUCUAUGAGAUGUGGCGCAGCUACCCCUUCUUGUUCGGGCCUGUGGGAUGCUACUUCAAGACGGCCCUCUUUGAGACCGUGUGCUUCGCCUCCAUCCUCAGCAUCACCGCCAUCAGCGUGGAGCGCUACGUGGCCAUCCUACACCCGUUCCGCGCCAAGUUGGAGAGCACCCGGCGUCGGGCUCUCAGGAUCCUCGGCGUCGUCUGGGGCUUCUCCGUGCUCUUCUCCCUGCCCAACACCAGCAUCCACGGCAUCAAGUUCCACUACUUCCCCAAUGGGUCCCUGGUCCCAGGUUCGGCCACCUGUACGGUCAUCAAGCCCAUGUGGAUCUACAAUUUCAUCAUCCAGGUCACCUCCUUCCUAUUCUACUUCCUCCCCAUGACUGUCAUCAGUGUCCUCUACUACCUCAUGGCACUCAGACUAAAGAAAGACAAAUCACUUGAGGCAGAUGAAGGGAAUGCAAAUAUUCAAAGACCCUGCAGAAAAUCAGUCAACAAGAUGCUGUUUAUCUUGGUCUUAGUGUUUGCUAUCUGUUGGGCCCCAUUCCACAUUGACCGACUCUUCUUCAGCUUUGUGGAGGAGUGGACUGAAUCCCUGGCUGCUGUGUUCAACCUCGUCCAUGUGGUGUCAGGUGUCUUAUUCUACCUGAGCUCAGCUGUCAACCCCAUUAUCUAUAACCUACUGUCUCGCCGCUUCCAGGCAGCAUUCCAGAAUGUGAUCUCUUCUUUCCACAAACAGUGGCACUCCCAGCGUGACCCACAGGUGCCACCUGCCCAGCGGAACAUCUUCCUGACACAAUGCCACUUUGUGGAGCUAACCGAAGAUAUAGGUCCCCAGUUCCCAUGUCAGUCAUCCAUGCACAACUCUCACCUCUCAACAGCCCUCUCUAGUGAACAGAUGUCAUGAAGAAACUAUCAAAGCUACCACUUUCACAAAACCUGA